GCUGUUUGCGCUGUUGAACUAGCAUUUUCAAGGUGGAAAUUGCUGCAGGUAUUGGAUUAUUGUUAUUUCUUAUUGUCUCCGAAGGGAAAAGAAAUAAUAUCCGCUGGCUGUCACACCUGCGGCCCCAAACCACCCGCCGCCGCCCGCUGGGUGGAUAGAUUCCCCCGCUGUUUCGCCUGCGCUGUUCUGCCUUCUACAGUUCGCCAUACCCGUGCCUCUUCGUCAAGCGUUCGUCUCGCUCGAUGCGUCUUGAAAUCGCCCCAGAAGGUCGCUCUAUGGGAGAAUACUGACAAAUAUUCACCGUGGCUUAGUCCUCCGGCAAACCUGAAGCCCACCAUAGCGCCUCUCAUGUCUUCCGCUCAGCGGCCAGGCAAGACGUCUCCACGGCUUGCGCAGGAUAUUUGCCUCUACGAUCCUCUCCAUAUCCCGGGAACACGCCGCAAUCUCCUUUCGGAAGUACCGCCAGUAUACCCUGAAGGCUACGAUGGGCCGCCUGAUUACAUUUCCCCAACGGCCUGUCGGCAUGAAUAUGUCACUAAGACGAGCCAAAGUUUUUUCCCCGAGCCGGAGCACAGAUGGAGGACCGGCGUUUCCACCAGGCUGUCGGCAAUGUGCGUCAGGUGCCGGUAUCACCUCCAGGUGGUGACAAGCCAUACCAAUGGAGGCGGGCAAUACGGCCAGACUUCCCAGGACCAUGUGCACCAUUGGAUGUAUAGCUCUGGUAGGCAGCGGGACAGCGUGUCGGCAGGAAACCUCUCUCUGAAGGAACAAACGGCCGAGUCAUUCCACUACCGAUGCUCAUAUAUCACCUGUUCCACCGUUGUGUCCGUGCGGAUCGUGUCUCCCGUGCUCAGUCAAGACUGGGUGAGGCUUCUGACUGAUCCGGAGCUCCUGAGUCAGCGUGCAGAGGAAGCGAUCGCCGCGCAUCCCGAGCGGCUGGAAGGCUUUACUGGGCCGCAGCCGAUCACUGUUCUUGAAGAUCUGCGCUCGUAUCUCAGCAACGCGCUUCACGAUCCAAAGAGAAGUAAGUCGAUAUCCGCCAUCAACAAGCGAUUUAUGGUCUGUUUUGGCAUGGAAGGGCAACCGUGUAAGGAUCUUCUAGAGUUCCUGGGGUUCAGCGUCAAGAAGGAAGGCUUUUGGGAGCCACCGCGACCAGAUCCCUCCGAGGAAGUGCCGUAUCAGGACACCCUCAGAAUAUUCCUCGAUGACGUUGUGCACGAAUUGUCCGCACUUAUAGAUCAGCGUCCGUUGUCGGAGAAGAGAGGCCAUCAGCUAGACCAUUUUUCCCGAUCUUUUCUGGACGAUCUCUACUACACGCUGGAGGCUUUGGACUACCCAAAAGCGACAAGAGCGAAUGACUUCUCAAUGCCGGGAGCACCAUUUUACGAGGACCUGGGAGUCGUGGAGGACAUGCCUUCUGCUGCCAUCGUCGAAGCGUUUAACAGACAGGUUUCGGUUGAUCCAGCAAGAACGCCGCUCUACUUUGGGUGCCUGAAAGAAAUCGGUGCGCUUCGAGGCGGUGAUGAUGCCGCUAUUAUUGAGCGUGCCGUGGAAGCAGCAUAUGCCGAGGGAAAAUACACCAACGAGGAUGUUGCCAACGCGUAUAAGUAUUUCAGCCUCAACUCUGAUGAUUCAAGCCUCACCGACGAAAAUAUCAUUGGGAGGUUCCAUGCCUUUUUGAACUCUACUACGCAAGAGAAUGAGAGUCGCAAGCAGCUAUGGAGAAUCGGGGAUAGUAGACGAAGUGAACGCAUCAAGUCUGCAGCGGAGGAUCGCGUGUCAACAGUUGAGCAGGCCCAUAUGUAUCUGGGCGUCGAUGAACGAACCUCUGAUGAUUUUAUUAUCACUAUGUAUACCACGAAGAUCAAUGACAGCCCCUCUAGCAAAGAUUUUGCACGACGUGCCGUCGAACUCAUAGCCGAAGCUCGGAAGUCAGAUGUCUUAAAACACUAUUUGAAAACCGGCGAGAUGGGCGUCGGAGAGAUGGACGUCGGGGACGCCUAUCGUCUUCUUCAGAUACCCGACCGGACCGUCGAUGACGCAGCGAUUGUUGCGGCCUACACGAUAUGUAUCGAUGAAGCCCCGAGUCAGGCUGAGACAUACAAUCGAGCGCUGAGCAUCAUCGCGAAAGAGAAGAAUAGCCCACUGUUGAGCACCAUGGUGUUUGGCUCUACGCCGCAGUCUGAUCGUGUCUUGUCCGAAUGGCCCGUUGGGUUGCAGAACAUCGGAAACACCUGCUACCUCAACAGUCUGCUGCAAUUUUACUUUUCCAUCCGUCCAUUUCGCGAGAUGGUGCUGGAUUUUGACAGUUACAAAAUGAGCUUGGACGAAGAGAGCCUGAGUAAGAAGCAGGUGGGAUCUCGCAAGGUAUCGAAAAAGGAAAUCGAACGCUCGCAAAGAUUUCUGCGGGAAUUACAGGUUCUAUUCCAGAACAUGAUAUCAUCCUCGCAACCCUCGGUCACCCCCGGGCAAGAACUGGCCCGGUUGACUUUAAUCAGUCCAUCCAACGAAGCAGCUAUCCGACGAAUGUCGACGCGGUCCAGAAGCCGAUCUGUAGGUCUCGGCGAAUUGAACGGCAUGCCCAUUAUUGGUCCCUUGGGGCCUCCACAACAGGAGCCUGAAACCAAGGAACCUGUUGAUCUGGGAGGCGCCGCGACAUUAAUUGAAGCUCCUGAGAAGUUACAUGUCACAGGUUCGGGGACAAGUGAUGCAGACAGCGAGGCGACCCUUGUAUCUGAGGGCGCGAGGCCGGAAUCGCAGACCCUUCCGGCCGAUGAUAAAGAGAAUACGCCUCCGUCAAGUGAUGAAGAUAUGAAAGAUGCACCCGAAAGCAUAGCCCCGGAAACCAAAACAACCGAUGGUCAUCCUGCACCACAGUCCUCUCCUGUCGAGCCUCCAGAUCGCCCCCCACCAGUACCCCCACGACCCGUUCCGCAGACCGACCGGCAGAAGCAGCUCAUUGACGAGGUCGAGAUUGGAGCCCAGCAAGACGUUACAGAGGUGAUCAAUAAUGUUCUUUUCCAGAGCCAGUGUGCUGUCAGGCCCAGUGGGUUUGACGCCAACGGUGAACAACUGGAUCGGGUUAAAGAUCUGUUUUACGGGCGAACCAAGUCGUAUAUCUCGGCAGCAGCAGGUGUGAGAUCGAAGGAGGAAUUGUGGUGCGAUAUCAAAGUUGACGUUGCGAGCGGCCCCCGCGAUAUCUAUUCUGCUAUAGAUGGCGCCUUUGACGUUCAAAAGGUGGAUGUAGAGGGCGCAGUGGCAGAACAGUAUGGUGCCAUCAGCAAGCUCCCUCCCGUCCUCCAGAUCCAAGUACAAAGAGUCCAAUUUGAUCCCGUCAAGAAGAGCUCUUUCAAAUCUACACACCACCUUGAGCUCCUGGACACGAUCUACAUGGAUCGAUACAUGGACACACAGAAUCUUGAGAUCCUCAACCGCCGGCGGGAGUGUUGGCAAUGGAAGAAUAAAUUAAAGACUCUCGAAGCUCGCAGAGAUGAGUUGCUUCGUAAAGAUGAAUCCGACAAGUUUGACAUGCCGACCCUUUUUGACAGCGCCAAGAUCGUGCUCGAGGAUCUCUUGUCCAUGAAAGACAACCCCGAGACCUCAGAUGAGGCGAUUGACAUCGAUCCUCAACUUGUCACCGAAUUAGAGCAGCUUUCUCAAAUGACCCAGACGGAACUGACAAAUGUGGAGCAAGAAAUGAAAAACACGCAGACCAUGAUUGCCACCCAGUUUGCCGAUUCCAAACAUCUCGCAUACCGGCUAUACGCAGUCUUCGUCCACCACGGAUCUGUUACGUUCGGUCACUACUACAUCUACAUCUUCGACUUCAGAAAAGAAGUCUGGCGCAAGUACAACGACAACGACGUAACCGAAGUCCACAACGCGGAGGAGAUCUUCAAGAAUUCCGACCGCCAGAACCCACCCACGCCGUACUUCCUGGUUUACGUCCACGAUGCACUGAAGGACCGUCUUGCCGACCCGGUCUGCAGGGAGAUCUUGGAUGCCGCGUCGUCGUCGUUAUCGCCACCACCGCCUCUUCCGCCGUCAAGCCAGGCUCCUCCUCCUCCCCUUUCCCCUGCAGAAGUGGCGGUCGUCACCGAUGGCCCUGAAGAUAUCGAAAUGCGUUUACCCUCGUAUGAAGAAGUGCAGAUCGACACACCGUCAGGUACGAGAACCACCGGCCCAGACAAAAACCACACGGCCUCCGCCACGGGUCAGGGAUGGCCGUCGAGUACCCAAGCUGACCUGCGUGAUGUGAAAUGGUAGAGUCGCCGCCCGUGAAUCCUCUGAAACGCAAAGGCGCCGAAGACGCGGUGGAUACAUUAGCGGGAUGACACAAAUAAAAUGCAAUAGAAACGACUUGCCCCCUCU